CCUCAAGAUCCAUAGCACCCCCCAAAAAACCAUCGCAACAAAACAAAAACGGAAAAAAUAAAUUAAAAAAAUAAAAAUAAAAAUGGCAAAGGCUUUUGUAGCCUUAAUCACUUCCGCUCUUUGCCUCUUGGCCUUUGCUGGCUUCGCCAAUUGCCAGAAAGAUGAAUUCUUCGUCGAAGGCUAUGUCUACUGUGACACUUGCCGCGUCUUGUUCGAGACCAGAGUCAGUCACAAAGUUCCUGAUGCUGAGGUAGAACUCAACUGCAGAGGCCAAGACAAUCAUACAGUGACCUACACUGUGUCUGGAAAAGCCGACAAGGAAGGGAAGUACAGCUUGAAAGUAACCGGAGACCACCAGGACGAAAUCUGCGACGUCACUGCCGUCAACAGCCCCGACACUGACUGCAACGAGUCAGUGUCCGACAUCAACAAAGCCAGAAUCUCUCUCACUGGGAACAGCGGCAUGGAAUCCACCAAACGCUUCGCCAACCCUAUCGGAUUCAGGAAGAAAGACUCUCUUGCCGAUUGCAAGAAGGUGCUCGACGAACUCGGUUUCGUCCCACUCCAAAACUGAAGACUUCUCAUGACUCACUAGGGCUUUUUGCCAUAAACCCUGAUAAAACAUUGGCUUCUCUCUCAUCCUCUUAAUGCACGUACUGUAAAAACCCUAAUUGAGUUUUUUUUUUUUUUUUUGGCAAUGCUAUGAUUUCAUGAUUGGCGAGUCCAUGAGCUGUUAGAAGCUUUUUGGGGAGAACUCAAUGCGUUUUGUUUGGCUGGUCAAUCAUUAUAGUUUCUUUUACUUUGUUUUUUGUUAUUUGUUCUUUUAUUAAAAUAAAUGAUGUUCCUUGUGACA